AGCUCACCCUCGCUCAGGCUCAGCUCGCCAAAAGCACACCAGCCAGCCAGCCAGCUCGUCCGUCCGUUCAUUUCCUUAUCUCCUCCCAGCCACCAGUCCAGGACGCACGCGCGCACGCAGCUCGAACGCCCAUGGCCGCGCCGGUGGCCUCGCCGCUCACGGCCGUCGCCCGCACCGCCCGCCUCCACCCCGUCUCCUGCUCCGCCUCCUCCUCCUCUCCCAAGAACCCCAAGCAGUCGUCGUCCUCGUCGUCGUCGUCUUCGUCGCCUGCUGUGCCGUCGCUGAGGUCCGCGGCGGUGGCGUUGGCGGGGGCGGUGCCGCUGCUGGCGGCGCUCCCGCCGCCGGACGCGCUGGCGGUGGGCGGCGAGCUGGGGAUCAUCGAGGGCCGGACCGUCGCGCUGCUGCACCCGGCCAUCAUGGGCGGCCUCUUCGCCUACACGCUCUGGGCGGGCUACCUCGGCUGGCAGUGGCGCCGCGUCCGCACCGUCCAGGACGAGAUCACCGAGCUCAAGAAGCAGGUCCGCCCCGCCGCCGCCGCCACCCCCGCCGCGGUCGGCGCCGGGGACUCCGCCGCCCCGCCCCCUCCCCCAGCCGCAAAGUCCCCCACCGAGAUCAAGAUCAACGAGCUCACCGAGGAGAGGAAGAAGCUGGUGAAGGGGGGCUUCCGGGACCGGCACUUCAACGCGGGGUCGAUCCUGCUGGGCCUGGGCGUCACCGAGUCCGUCGGCGGCGCGCUCAACACCUGGCUCCGCACCGGCAAGCUCUUCCCGGGCCCGCACCUGUUCGCGGGGGCGGCCAUCACCGUGCUCUGGGCGGCGGCCGCGGCGCUGGUGCCGGCGAUGCAGAAGGGGAACGAGACGGCCAGGAGCCUGCACAUCGCGCUCAACACCAUCAACGUCCUGCUCUUCAUCUGGCAGAUCCCCACGGGGCUCGAGAUCGUCGGCAAGGUCUUCGAGUUCACCAACUGGCCAUGAGCUCCACCUAGGCAGGCCCGAUCCGCCCACAGUGUUGUUUGGUCCGUCUGUCUCUGUUCAUAAGAUCGUAGCUGACUUUUGGAGUGUGAAGUUUUGCUGUCACGAGUAAAUAAAAACGAAUUUGCAGUGUUUUUGUGUUC